GUCGCGCGUGCGGAGCUUCCUUUCUCGGCCGACAUCUUGGGAGCAGCAGCAGCCGCAGCAUGCCGCCCAAAGACGAUAAGAAGAAGAAGGACGCGGGCAAGUCCGCCAAGAAGGACAAGGAUCCGGUCAACAAGUCGGGCGGCAAGGCCAAGAAAAAGAAGUGGUCCAAGGGGAAAGUGAGAGACAAGUUGAACAACCUUGUCCUGUUUGACAAAGCCACCUAUGACAAACUGUGCAAAGAAGUGCCCAACUACAAACUCAUCACACCAGCGGUGGUCUCAGAAAGACUGAAGAUCCGAGGCUCUCUGGCGAGGGCUGCUCUGCAGGAACUGCUCGGUAAAGGUUUGAUCAAACUGGUGUCUAAGCACCGAGCCCAAGUGAUCUACACCAGAAACACAAAAGGUGGAGAUGCUCCUGCUGCAGGGGAGGACGCAUAGGAAGGUUCUCCAGUGACCUCUUCAGCAGUGUCAUAUACAGAUGCAUACAAUAAAAUUAUUGAAAUAAUUA